ACCGGGGGAAACUUAGCUAUUAGUGUAGCAGGGUCAUGAAGAAGAGGCGGCGGCGGGAGAUCGGAGGCGGCGGCGGGGGCGUGAAACUGCGGUAGCUGCCCGCUGGGCUGGUGGUGUGGCUUUGUGGGAAAGGCGUAGUUCCUAAAGCCCUCUCCGGGCAGCGGCCGGGGCUCGGGGUUGAGAGCGGCCGUGGAGUCGCCUCCCCGGGCCCCCUGGCUCCGCCAUGUUCCGCAGGGCACGCCUUAGCGUGAAGCCCAAUGUCAGGCCUGGAGCAGGCGCCAGGGGCUCCACCGCCCCCAAUCCACAGCGUGAACGAGAGGCUCCUAGGCCGCCGGAGCCUGCAGCGGCCUCUGUCCCGAAGCCAGCGGAAUCCACAGAUGUGCCCCCGGUGGAUUGCGGGGAAGCGGAGCCCCGAGAAAAGACUCCCAAGAGCAGUGAUGAAAAGACUGAUGGUGGGAAGGAUGUUGAAGAAUCCAGUAAAUCUUCCUCUACCAUUUCACAGAGAAGAAAGCGAGUAUCAAGUACUUCUAGUCUGGUUAAACCUAGUGUCAGUGUUCCUUCAGAACCUCAUCCUUUACCUACAGUUAAUCAAGAAGCUCCACAGCCAAACCCUGUUCCAACAAAAGAGAAACAGCCAUGCUCAGACAGAUACCGAAUAUAUAAAGCCCAGAAACUGAGAGAAAUGUUAAAAGAAGAAUUGAGGAAAGAGAAGAAGCAAUGGAAAAACAAAUAUGCUGUAAAUGAAAGUCAGAGGCCACCAGAUCGUUCCAAAAUGACUAUGAGAGACUUCAUAUAUUACCUGCCAGAUAACAAUCCAAUGACUUCUUCACUGGAGCAAGAAAAGAAAACUGAAAAAUCAUUGACACCAGUCCAGACAAGAGAGCAAGAAGGUAAGAGUACUCCUGAUGGUGAAGAUAAUGAAGAAAUAGAAGAGGAGAUGGAUGAUGGGCCAUUGCUGGUUCCUCGAGUAAAAGUGGCAGAAGAUGGUUCUAUUAUUUUGGAUGAAGAAAGUUUAACUGUAGAAGUUUUAAGGACGAAAGGCCCCUGUGUUGUUGAGGAAAAUGACCCCAUAUUUGAGCGUGGUUCUACAACUACAUACUCCAGCUUUAGGAAAAACUAUUACUCUAAACCAUGGUCAAAUAAAGAAACAGAUAUGUUUUUUUUGGCCAUCAGCAUGGUAGGAACUGACUUUUCUAUGAUUGGACAGCUUUUUCCUCACAGAGCAAGGAUAGAAAUUAAGAAUAAAUUUAAACGUGAGGAGAAAACAAAUGGAUGGAGAAUAGACAAAGCAUUCCAGGAAAAGCGCCCUUUUGACUUCGAUUUUUUUGCUCAUUUGCUUCAGAAAGUUCUUGCUGAAGAAGAGAAAAGAAAACAAAAAUCUGUUAAAAAUCAGACUUCAAAGGAGAAGAAGUCCUCUAAAUCACGGAAAAAUGUAAAAGUGAAAAAAGUUGCCAGUGAAAGAGUGAAUGAUAAUCCAGAUGAGUCUGUGAGCACUAGAAUUUCAGACACAGAAGGAUCUCAAAAGGAUGCUCAGACAGUUGAAGAAGAACAACAGUCUCUGACUUUAUCAGGACAGGAUUCAGAACAGAAUGCAUUAGAACAAGAUAUAAAUCAAAAGAAAAGGAGAAGAAAGAAUCAGGAUGAAGGUAGUGAACAAGAGGUGAAUCUUUCAGGAAAUGCCACUGUUCAGCCAGGCUCUUCUAAAGGAGAGAAACACAAAGAUAAAUGCCUGUCUUUAAGUCCUGAGAUAAAUGAAGAUGAAAGCAAUAAGGAACAAAAGCUUCCCUGUGUACAGAACACAGAUGACAUUGUGGGUCUAUCCUCUAAUGAAAAGGCUGAGAAAAGAACUGACCCUGCUGUUUCACCAAGUAGUCAACAAGAUGCCAUAUCAGUAGCAAAUGAGACUUCAGAAUCAAGCACUUCAGAUUUGCCUUCAUCAGAAGGUGGGAUUAGAGCAUUGUGUGAGGUGAAUAAUGCUGAGAGUAGUUGUACAGAAGAAGGAAAUGGUGACCUAAAAGAUAAGGCACUGGAAACCGAUCAAACAGAAAGUAUUAAACUGAUGACAAGAGGACGACUCCAGAGACCUAAACCCAAUUUAUCAAGGGCAGUUGGGAAGAAAUCAGUUCUUUCACAAGGGAAAACAGAUGCAGAGAACAAGAGUUUACAUACAGAAACUUCGGUUGAAAAGAAUCAUAUGGAAAAGGAUAAAAUGAAUGCACUUGGUAUUUCUGGAAUGGAGAAUAAAGAGAAAGAGAAUCCAGAAGCUGACACUGCAUCUAAUUUGAGUGAAAAAAUUUGUCUGCAGGAAGAUGAUCAACUAAAGGCUUUCAGACCUGCACGCCUAAUGAGGGGCUUAUUGCAAAGGCCAAAGCCAAAUGUAGGUAAAGCUGCUGAAAGAAAAGAAACUGUUACAUCACAGGAAAAAAUUGGGGCCAGUGUAGAAAAGAAUGAAAAUGAGUCCUGUAUUGAUAGAGAUACUCCUGAACAAAUAGAAGAUCAGUCAUGUAAAAAUUUUGAUUGUGAAGACAUCACAUCACAACCUGAAAAAAAAGAUACUUCUUUUCAAAAUGUGCAGUCAGAUGAGCCCAAGGCUCUUAAUGAAUGUCUAAGUAUUCAAGAGGAUAAUAAAGCAAAUAAACAAGUUCAAAUUCUAAAGACUCGAUUUCAGAAACCAAAGCCAAAUAUAGGAAGAAGAACUGGAAGAAGAGAAAUUUUCUCAAAGGAAGAAGAGGUACCAAAGGAAGUUCUUGCCUCCGAGGAGACGACAGCAGCUUUGAGAGAAACUGCAAGAUUGGAAACCUCACCAAGGGAAAAGGUGCCUGGGGAGACUAAUACUGCUAAGGAAAUGGAGCCAGAUUUAAAAGAAACUGAAAGAAAAGAUAUCUCUACCAGGGAGAAAAUACCAGAAAUGAUUGAUGUCACUGUGGAAAUGGAGACAGAUUUGAGAGAGACUGGAAGAGAGAUUUUCCCAAGGGAGAAGAUAACAAAGGUGACUGAUGCCACUGAGGAAAGAGAGACAGAUUUGGAAGAGACUGAAAGAAGAGAAAUAUCCCUACAGGAAAAUGCCCCGGAGGAGGGCGAUACUAUUGGUGAAGUGAAGACAGGUUUGAAAGAAACUGGAAGAGAAAUUUCUCCGAGGGAGAAGAUACCAGAGAUGAUUGAUGCCGCUGAGGAAGUAGAGACAGAUUUAGAAGAAACUGAAAGAAGAGAAAUACCUACACAAGAAAAGACCUCAGGGCUCAAAACUAUAGAUGAUGAAAUGGAGACAGAUUUGAACAAAAUUGGAAUAGAAAUUUCCCCAAGGGAAAAUGUACUAGUGGGGAUCAGUGCCACAGGGGAAAGGGAGAUUGAUUUGGAAGAAACUGGAAAAAGAGACAUUUCCCUGAUGGAGAAGGUAUCAGGAAAGAUGACUGCCAUUGAGGAAACAGAGGCAGAUUUGAAAGAAACUGGAAGAGAAAUUUCCUUGAGGAAAAGCGGAUCAGAAGAGAUCAGUGCUUCUGAGGAAAAGGUGGCAGAUUUGGAAAGAACUGGAAAAAUAGACAUUUCUCUAAGGGAAAAUGAACCAGAGGAGACUGGGACCUCAAGACAAACUGAGACAGAUUCAUUGCAGAGGGGUAGUGGUGACUGCAGUGCUGUGCCUUCACUAAAUAUUAAAGACAUUAGCAGUGAAGUACAAUCCGUGGUGCAUGUAUCUGUAGAAGAAAAAAGAAAUUCUGAAAAGGAAAUAUCAAGUCAGUUGAGUCAUUUGAACAUUUCUUCACAGACUUCUGAGCUUGAUAAAAUAGAAGACCAGAGGAUGCGAUCUCCAGAUGUUCCAGAGCAGUUUUCAGAUAUUAAUUUAAGCAAAUCUCUUCCUCAAGAACAGAAGCCAUUUGAAGUGAAACCAGCACCUUUUGUGAGAAGUAGAUUCAAAAGACCAAAACCAAACUUAGCAAGAGCAGCUUCAAAAAGAGAGACUAUAGAAGCAGAAAAACACGCACCUGGGAAGAAAGUGGAAGCUGAUAAAAAAGGGACUGUUGUGAUACAGCAGAAUGGAGAACAAACGAGAACUCUCCCUUCUCAACGUGAUGUGGCUUCCCUAAUGACAUCAAGAGAAAAAGACAAAUCAGAUCACAGUCAAGAGGAAGCUGUGAUAUUACCAUGUGUACAGACUGAAAAGGACCUUUCCCCUUCGAGUUCUUGUGAACCUAUAGAGGAGUCUCAGUCUACACAAGCCCAGGAAAAGGAAUUAGUUGUCUCUAUGGAGACUUAUCAUAUACACACUUGCGAACAAGAAAUGAAGGAAAGCGUUAUCCAAACUGCUCCACCAGUAAGGGGCCGACUUCAGAGACCCAGUCCAAACUUAAGAAAGGGUGGACAGAGGCAAGUAAUAGAAAAAAGUGAAGCCAAAGAAACAAUUAAGGAAGAAAGGACACUACAAAAAGAUGAAACUAAAAAAUUCCUGACUGUGCCAAAUUCUCAAAUUGCAACGGACAUUGAAGUUGUAUCCUCCAAAGUUUCAGAAGGCAGAAUGUAUGAAAACCAGAGUCACGUUCUUUUAGAAAACCUUCAUGUUAACAAAAUAAAUGUUUCAGAUGAAAAGACGAGACAUGAACAUAAAACGUAUGUUCCUAGUCCACCACAAAUGAUAAGAAGGCAAUUCCAAAAGGCUAAGCUAGAUUUGGGAAGAGCACAAGGUAAGAAAGAGGAAUCAGACAUAGAAAAAGACAGAGCAGAUCAGAGUAAGGCAAGGAAGCCAGAAGAUAAUUUGCUGCAGCAUGGAGAUUCUGACACCCAGCUUCUUCAAAAAGGAAAAGCUGAGUUUCUGACAUCUCUGGAGAUUUCAGCAAGAAAAGGUUCUGUAGGUUCCAAGGAGAUUGGUUUGGCAAAAAAAGAGGCUCAAUCAGAAGUUGGACCAUCAGGAAGUGUUGGAGAGAAAACCGUAGACGAUAAUUCUAUGUGUUCAGUUGUCGAAGAGCAGUAUGUCAGUAAACCAGCAAGCUCUCCACAACUAUUAAAAGAAUCAAAUUAUUCUAAAAUUGCUGUGGAUCGAAGAACAGCUCUCUCUUCUGCCUCUGAAUGUAAGAUAGAUCGUAGUGAAAGGAGAAUGCGUCGAAAGAUUAAACCAAACGUCCCCAAAGGGCGUGGAUCAAAACGAAUUCGGAGUAAGACCUCUAAGAAGGAACCUAGAGCUUCUAAGCCUGUGCUGGUGACUCUUCGAGCUUCCCAGGAAGAAGACGAAGAUGAUGUGGAAGACUUUGAGUCUGACUAUGAAGAAGAAAGCUAUCAUCUUGCUCCAGAAGAAGUAAACAAAGCUCCAGUGUUUGUACCUGUUGGUCUCAGAUCUCCUGAACCGGUUUCUGCUCAGAUUGAGGAAACCAUGGAAGAGCUUGAAAUACCCAUGAAUAUCCCAGAUGUAGGAUGCAUAGCUGUUGUUGAACAUCAGCUCUCAUCAAACAUAGAUUUGACUACUCAGGAAAUGAAACAAGAAGAAAAUUUGAAUGCAUUAUCAAUUGAAAUGACCACAGGUGAACAUUCCCAAGUUGAAACAGGUACCAAUGAUGGAAGCACUGAAGCUGCCAUAACUUUACUUACAAUGGGAGGUCUGGUGUUGCAGUCAGAGAUCAGUACAGAACAGAGUGACGUAGGAGUAUGUGUACUUCCUGAUGUUCAUUCAAACGAUAAAAGCCAUAUUCCGUUUUGCCCAGAUAAUACAAAUCUCAAAAUUGUUCAUGAAUGUCAGGAACCUUCUUCACCUAUCCGUAGUACAUCUCCAUCAGUAGAAGAAAACAAGAUUAUAUUGGAUGAACAAAGUACUAAAGAAGAAAUUGGUUUAAUGGAAGAAGUAAAGGAAAACUCUAUAUCAUCCAGGACAACUUCAGAAGUGACCAAUAAUUUGAGAAUGAGAAGUAGAUUUGCCAAGCCUAAGCCAAAUCUUAAGAAAAUUUUAGGGACCAGCAGGUUUGGUGCUCAUCAGGAAGUUCCCAGUUUGUUUGUAUCUAAAGGAGAAGUGGAAAUUCAAAGAGAAACUGAGAAAAAUGCUUCUAAAGGAAGAGAAUUAGAAGAUAAAAACCUUGAAUCAGUUACAACAGCAGAGAGUAAGGCACAGAGCAAAUUGGCAUCUGUACACGGUAUUGAAGAAACCAGUAUUUCACAAGAAGCACGCCUAACUGGAAGAGAUGAAGAUGAAGAAGGGAGGUCUGCAGAGGUUCAGCUGUCUUCAUUUGCCCCUGUUGUUUCGUCUGAGUCAAGGCCCCACACACUUGGUUUGGGUAUGGGUCUUGGUGAGAGUUCUUUCGAAGAGCCCCUGGGAAAGGACUCUAACGGAGACAGUGUGCUUAUACUUCAUGUGCCAGAGUGUAGUAUUCCAGAAGUCCAACAAGAGAAUAUAAACAAUCCUCAAGACCUAACAGUUGCUAAUGUACAUCAAGAAGGUGAGGAUGAACAAGCAUUCAUUUUAACUCUGGUGGAAAUCCCAACCAAUGCAGUAGAAGAAUUUGCUGAUACCACUAUGCAGUUAAUGCCAAACCCUUUACUGCCAGCCCCCAUAUUGGUCAAAUCAGUGAAUACAGAAGAAGGGGGGGACAUGAGUAUCAGUUUUCCAGUAACUUCAGCUGGUCAGGAUGACAUGUGUUUAUCUAAUUCUGGAAGAGAUGAUUCCGAAAAGCCUCCUGCUAAUUUGGAUCUUGUAUCUAGGAAGAGAUUUCAUUGUAGGCUUGACGAAAGUGACCAUGUUCCUCCUGCCAAAAAAAGUUCACUCACUUUAAGAGACGAUUGUCAAAAAUAUACCUCUGAGGUGUGUUCAAAGGAAUUAAUAAAUGUUUUGGAGAAAACAGGAGAGUCUUACAAGGGACAAGGUAUCUUCCCUACCUCAGGAAACACGCAUACAAUUCCAGAACCUCAGAAAGAGCAACUUGAACCAACUUUUCAGAGUAUCAGAUCUAAACCUCUUGAUAAAAUGACAGAUACACAAGAAAAGAAUACAUCUCAGUUACCUCAGGAUGAGAUAGUGGUGUCUGAUAAGGAAAAAAGAACUUGUGCUGCUUCUGAGUCUGAACAAAUGGAUAGCAUCACAUCGUCUUCAAAAACCCCACUAUCCAGACCUGGCAGAAGACCCCUGGGAUUUUUGUCUUUAAUAUGUUCAAAGAAUAGUUUGGAGUCUGAUGAACCUACUCAGGUUCAUAGCAAGAAACGCCUGAAACCUCUUAUACCUGUAUCAAGACAGAAUCUGAAAAGAUCUAAUCCGCUCAAUACAAGCCAGAAAAAAACUCAAGAGUCCUCUGAUCUUCCAUCUCCAAGUGUUGUUGUUAAUACUCAACCUAAAAAUAUUGAUAGUUCAGCAACUCAGGUUUCUUGUAAUCAUCCCUUACCGAAAGGAGAAUGUAAAGAUAUCCAAAACCGGCAACCGGAAGAGGAACCAAUGACAGUCUCUGAAUAUUUCUUUAGUGAUAUCUUUAUUGAAGUGGAUGAAACAGAAUAAAAGUCUUCUUUUUUUUUCUUUUUUUUUUCUAAGGCUAGGAUUUCCACAGUCAGUUAUAUCAACAAAGCAGUAUCUAGCAAAAAGCCUCACUGGCAAUUUUUCUUUAGGUUGAUUUUGAAUAUUUAAUAGGCUUGAUUUGAAGCUUUUAUAAUCAGUGAAAAACAUUGCUGAGGUUCCUUUCGUUCUGAUUGAUUCAGCAUUUUGGAAAUACCAAGCAAUUAAG